CGUUUGGGGGCAUUUUCUGUCACCGCCAACACUUCUUUCUACUCUUCAUCUCUCACUGUUUCUUGCAGUGUUUACGCUGUUGGUGUAGAUAAAAAUCACGUUGUGAAGGAUCAUACACACACUUUUGUUAACAAGGGGGGUGAAAUUGGCAGUGAUUUAUGCUUAAACUAAUUUCAGUUUGAUACUGUGUUUCUCACUGGAGUUGAUUUCAAAAUUUUGGUUUUUGGUAGCCAUGUGUGCGUUACUAAGAGUAUGAAUGGUCCAUUCUGGUCUACCUUAUUUUUUAUUAAGUUUUAGUUUUGAUUUUAAAUGCAGAACUUGAUUUUUGAUUUCAAGUUGGCGCUCCAGUAUAUGGGGUCCGUGCAUUUUUGUCUACAAAUUAACUCAAGACUUAUGAUAAAGCAAGAAAUGCUCUGGCUCUUGCCCUAAGUCCUCUUGCAAAAAUCCAGAUGGAGCAAUGAAGGAUAUAAGAAAUUUGGAUAAUAUAAGCUUCUCUGAUUGGUUUUUGUCAAAAGGUGGCACACGUGCAAUCAUCCAGAGAAUACCUAGCUCUUACUUCUCCUGAGGAUUACUACCUCGAGGGACAAAAUUCAUUGCUCAAGUAAGGAAAAAUGCUACUAUUUUCAUGAUCACUCUCAUUGUUGCUUAUAAAACAUCCCCAAAAUU